GCCUCCCACAAACCGUAGUUAUUAUAUUAAUUUAAAUUUGAUGAAUAAUAGCAGGUCCCGUGUAAAAGUGUUUAUAUAAAGCUACUUGUCUAUACAGACUAGUUUUUCGGCUACCACACGCGAUGCAGAACCCGUAAACCCAUAAGCCUCAAACACUUCAUCAGCGCAAAAAAGCUAUGAAAUUCAGGCAUUUCUCAAAAUAAACCAUGAGGCAGAGUUCAAUCAUUCGGUUCAAUUGGAGGGCUAAUAAUCAUCACCACAAACCUCAGGUAUGGUGAAUUUUUAACAGAUUAAUAAUUCAGCGGAAAUUAUACAUUAUUAACUAAGCUUUUCAUAGUUUUUCACCUCAAAUGUCUUUGAUUGAUGUUUUCUUUUCUAAAUUUAUCUAUUUAUUAUUUGUUAUACUUGUCAUCAUCCUAAGAAUGUUUUGGGUGUUGCAUUCCAUUUUCAAAAGUCCACACACAGCCUCGUGCCAACCUUUCUGGAAAACGCAGAAUGAGUAAAAUAGGUGUUUAUUCUGUGUAUAAGCUCAUUCGCAUUACUACGUGUAUUGCUUCAGUUGAAUAUGUCUUCGAGAUCCACCCUCAACUCUGAUGUGGCGUCCAUAAACUUCAAACCAUCCCUCACUACGCUUGCCUCAAUAUAUAUUUGUACAUCCAUACUCUUUUUUUCUGUUUUAACUCUUUAUUAGCUUAACGAAAAUCUACAAUCUGAAUAUUUCUACAAAAAAUACGUAUGAUUAAACCAUUUAACGGCAGACAGCUGUGGUAUGCACUACUGGUGGUGGUCAUCCUUUUAGGUUUCCACAGCCACGAUGUGUUGGCAACUGAAAAAGGCACUCCGAUUGCCUUCCAAGCAGAGGUAUCUAAAAUGCUCGACAUUCUUGUCAAUUCUUUGUACACAAACCGCCAAGUUUUCUUACGGGAGCUCAUUUCCAACGGCAGCGAUGCCUUGAGUAAAAUUCGUAUGGUAUAUUUGAAAUCCCGAAAGGAGCCGGUGAACGCGAGUGGGGAUGAACCCACGAUGGAUAUUCGCAUCCAUUUUAAUGAAGAAAUGAAGCAGCUUAUCAUCCAAGACGGUGGUGUCGGCAUGACGGAGGAGGAACUCGAUAAAAACCUCGGUUCCCUUGGUUCCUCAGGAACCAGGAGUUUCCUUGAAAAAAUUCAGAACGCGUCUAAAGACUCCUCCAAUAAUCUAAUUGGGCAAUUCGGUGUGGGGUUUUAUUCCGUUUUUCUCGUUGGGGAUCGGGUGAGUGUGGCCUCCAAGAGCGAUGAUAGCGAUGUGCAGUAUGUCUGGGAGUCAUCAGGUGACGGAAAGUACUUUUUAUAUGAAGACCCCCGCGGGAAUACCUUGGGGAGGGGUACCGAAAUCGUCAUUGAUCUCAAACCGGACGCCUUGGAGUUCCUUAAACCCGAUUUCAUCAAGGAGGUGAUCCAGCAGUACAGUGAGUUUAUCGAUUACCCGAUCUACGUCGCCGAGGUAGUGGAGGUGGAGAAGCCUUCACCGUCAACGAACACAACCGAAGAUAGUGAAAACGAAACCACAGAGGAGAAUGAGGAAAAGAAGGUCGAGGAAGAUGAGGAAAAGGAGGUCGAAAAAAUUCGCGAGGUUCGUUGGACGCAUGCAAACACGAACAAACCAAUCUGGACCCGUCCACUAGGCAACGUAACGGAUGAUGAGUACAUCGAUUUCUAUCAAGCCACUUUCAAAGAUAGUAAGCAACCUAUCUACUAUUCUCAUUUUAAAGCCGAGGGGGAGGUGGAUUUCGACUCCAUACUCUUCAUUCCUCACGAGGAUGAUUUAACGUCGAUAUUGGAGGAAACCGAAUCGAACAGCAUCAAGCUCUAUAUUCGUCGUGUUUUUAUCACAGACGAGUUCCGUGAACUGCUGCCACGCUAUUUUGGCUUCGUGAAAGGUGUCGUCGACAGCAAUGACCUUCCCCUGAAUGUAUCGCGAGAGAAUCUACAAGAAAACCGAAUCCUACGUGUGAUAAGGAAAAAGCUCGUGCGUAAGAUUUUCUCAAUGAUAAACGAUAUCGCCACUCAUGAAGAGAACUUCAAGAAGUACACAAACACAACUGAUGCCGCUAAGGCUGAAAGCCCCGAACGCCGCGGUACGAAGAAAUUGGAAAAACCCAUGUACUCGCAUUUCUGGGAGAAGUUUGGUUUGAACAUUCGAUAUGGAAUUAUUAACGAUGCCGUUAACCGUGGACGCCUUAGCAAGCUCCUGCGUUUCAAGUCCUCCCAGAGCGAGAAUGAAUUUAUAAGCCUGCAAACCUACGUCGAUCGGAUGAAAAAGGACCAAAAAGGGAUUUACUUCCUCACAGGGGAUUCUAUUGAGCGGAUUAAGCAAUCCCCUGUCCUUCAAGAUGCCCUUGAUCGCAAAUAUGAAGUGCUGUACAUGACGGAUGCGGUAGAUGAGUAUUUUGUUCGGCAUAUGACCGAUUUUGCUGGUAAGAAGCUCCUGAACCUGGUCCAUAACGAGGUGCGCAUGGGCGACGUUGAUGAGGAUCGUCGGGCGAUUGCAAAGAAACGCACGGAGAUGUAUAGCGACUUUUUAACGCACCUGAGCACAUUCUUAGAACCUGGCGAGGUGAGCAAAGUCAUCCUAACGCAUCGGCAUACCACCGAGGCUUUUAUCGUAUCCUCCAACCAACACCACAUAACGGCGAGGAUGUCGAAUAUCAUUCGCAGUCAAGCCAUCGGAUUGGACCGCGAGAUACCUAAGGUGAGGCGUGUGGUGGAGGUAAACUACCGCCAUCCUCUCGUAAAUGAGCUCUAUCAGCGAUUUAUCAUCGAUAAGGAUGAUGAGAUGGCGAAGGAUAUUGCGUGGGUGUUGUACGAAAUCGCAAGCAUGCGGGCGGAGUUCCCGGUGUCGAACAUUUCAAUGCACGCGAAGCGGAUUGACCGCCUUCUCCGCGGUGGGGCCGAUAUCGGCUUGGAUGAGGAGCUGCUUCCUGAGGAUGAUGACAAAUAUUUGGAGAUCGUUAAGGAGGAAAGGGCGGCGUUGGCUGCGAAAAAAAAUGAAACUCAGGCAACUGCUAAAAAAAAAAUGGUUGAUGAGCCGCCUACCACCGAAGAGGAGAGUAGCAAGCCGUCCCUCAAGGUAGAAGUUAAGGAGGAAAAUUCUGAAGAUAACGAAGAUCUGUAA